AUGCUUUCAGAACAUAUCUAUUUAUCAAAAUUUAUUGAGCAAUGUCAAAAAGACAGUGGCAGUAAACUAUCAAUGAAAGAUUUGAUUGUUCGGCCAAUUCAGCGGAUUCCAAGAUAUGAACUUCUGAUUCAGCGACUUGCUGAAAACACCGCAAAGGAUCACCCUGACUAUCUGCUGCUGAUGCAAGCUGAGAAAGUAAUGCAUGACAUGGCUCUAAAGAUUGGAUCAAUAAGCAACAGUGAAGAGGGACAACAUGAAACUCUUAAAAAAUUGGAACUCCUACUUAUCACAGAUUUGGCUGCACCAGAUCGAACAUAUUUACGACAUGAUAUGGUGCAAAUCAUGAGCAAAAAAGACCAAUGUUGUAUAUGGAUGUUUAGUGACCUCAUCAUUAUCAGCAGUACUAAAAGGAAGAGUGGACCUGUCACCAGAAAAGUUUCUAUCAUUUUGCAAUCACCAAGUGGACAGGAUUUUGCAGAGAACAUGAAGCAUAAAAUUUGUUUGCGAGUGGGUCUUGAUGAUAUUGAAGUUUUGAAAGAUCCAAGCUCCCUGUCUCGACGGUCCACAAUUGAAAAGGAACAAAUUGAAGAUGACCUUAAUCUUUUGAACCAGAUCUCAGAAAUCACAACCAGGUUGAAUUGUUCAAAACAGAAUCUUGAAGAAGUGGUCAGAGAUAUUGGUAUGAACCUCAAUAAACAACUUACAGAGCACCAGAAUCGCAUUCAUUCUGCUGAUGCCAAUAAAUUGGAAUUACAGAUAACGACACAAGAAAAAGUUUUCAAUUUGAUUGUCGUCUUUAUAUCAGCAGAGAAAAGAUUAGCAUGGGAAACUUCCUUUUUGGAUGCAAAACACAAACUUUCUUUAUUGUCAGACAAACGGGCACCUGAAUUCCUACAACCACUGCAGAUUACGAAGACAAGAGCUGGCAUGCAGUUUUCUUGUGCCGCUCCAAUUGAUGGCGUUAAUGCAAAUGGUUAUCGAGAAGUGUGGGUAUGUAAUAGUGAUGGAUACGUAGGUCACAUGUGCCUUUUGAGCUUGCAACCUGAACCAAUUGUGACAUUAAACACCCCUGUACCUGGUUGUAAUGCUCGGAUUUUGUGUAUUUGUGCGGUACCUGCUUUUCCUGGCAGCAGACGAAGGAGUAGCGUGAAGAACCGGCGGAACCGCACAACGGAAACUGGGGGUGCAGGCAGCACGGGUACAAGUUGUAGUGAAAGACCGCGUAUCAACAUAGAAUCAGUAGAUACGUGUAUGGAGAGCAUCGGGGAAGAUGCAGGAUCACCUAGCGAUUCCGAAUCGAGUGAUGAUGAUGCAUAUACAAUGCCUCACCAAAUGGAAUCAGAAGAACUGUGUGUGGAAGAUGAAGAAGCACCAAGUAGUCCAACAGAAGCAAAUCAAGAUAACAGUGAUCCGAACACGACAACAACACGAUGGAUGCAUGACACUAUGAAGAGCACUAUGUGGCUCGGAACAGAGGAUGGAUGUAUUCACAUCUUCCUGUGUACAGAUAACAUCAAAACCACAAAAAACAAAUUAAAGAUCCAACAUGGAGCCCCUGUAUAUUGUAUUAUUUAUCUUGACAACAAAGUGUUUGUCUCAUUGGCAAAUGGAGACCUCAUAGUUUAUCGAAGAGAUCUUGAUGGUCAAUGGGACACAGAACACCCCUACACAAGGACCCUAGGAUCUGCCACUUGCCCUAUUAGCAAAAUGCAUGCUGUAGCUGGAAAAUUGUGGUGUGGCUCUCAAAAUAACAUUUGCAUUGUAAAUCCACUCACUCUCAAAAUUGAACAUCAAUUUGUUGUAAACCCUGAUGUCUCUCGCUGUGUCCAAUGUAUAGUGUCAUCUGGCCAAGGAGUGUGGGUUGCACCCCAGCAAAGCUCCAAGGUCAAUCUCUACCAUGCCACGACAUAUGAAUUCCUUCAUGAAAUCAAUAUUACUCCAGCUGUCACACAGAAAUUGCAGUCGGCUGAUGAUAUUAUCCGACAGCACAAGACAGCUUGCCUGCGAGUAACAGCAUUGUUAAUCUGUAAAGACCUACUUUGGGUUGGAACCAGUGCUGGAGUUAUUCUUACUAUUCCUGUGCCCAAAAUCACCUCCACAACAGCACGCAGCACAAUCAACUGCCCUACAGUUACAGGUUUGGUUUAUGGCCAUACGGGGCAUGUACGUUUUCUGACCAGUGUUGAAUUGCCCAACAAUACAACACAGAAAAUGGAUCCAAAUAACAUUAAAGCAAGUGGAAGUCCUCCACCUGAAGGUAACUUGUCUCUGCAAGAGAUCCAACGUCGAUCUUCUAUGGCAACAACUGCUACAAUGGCAACCCGAAUGCUGGUGAUAAGUGGUGGAGAUGGGUAUGAGGAUUUUCGUAAUAAUGUGGCCAAUGAGGCUGCUGGUCGUGAUGACAGCACAAAUCACCUUCUGCUAUGGCAAGUUUGA